UGUUCUUGAAAAAGUUAUUUAUAUAAUUUUUAUUGCAAUGAAUUCAUAUUGUUUAUAACAAAAAUUCAAUAUUUAAACAAAAUAAUAUCUAUAAAUACGUAUUAUAAUUUAGAGAAAUUGGUCUAAAGCAAAAAAGUAGUUAAAAAUUGAGUGUCAACAAUAGUUAUAGUGAUCCGUCGGAAGACAACAUGGACUGUUCAGUUUCACAACCUCAGCCUCUUCCGAUGUUAAAUUCGUUACAUCAGCCUUGCUCACCGGAGCAACAUCCUUGUCAUCCAAACGAUUUACGAACAUCACCUAAUAGUGCAGACUGCUAUUCAUCUGAAGGGGACCAUCCUUUAGCACUUUGCUUGCCAAGUUCGCAAACACUAAUCCAAGCUUCAAGAACUCCACCACCUCCGUGGAAUAUACCAACAAAGAAAGGAACACCAGGACUGAUAUGUGUCGUUUGUGGAGACACUAGUUCCGGCAAGCAUUAUGGUAUUUUGGCUUGUAAUGGUUGCUCUGGGUUCUUCAAGAGGUCUGUAAGAAGGAAACUGAUUUAUAGAUGCCAGGCUGGAACAGGAAGAUGUGUAGUUGAUAAAGCUCAUAGAAAUCAGUGUCAAGCGUGUCGUCUAAAGAAAUGUCUUGCUAUGGGGAUGAAUAAAGAUGCUGUCCAAAAUGAAAGACAACCAAGGAACACAGCAACCAUCAGACCAGAAACUCUAAGAGAUAUGAGUGCUGAACAAGAAAGGGCUUUAAGAGAGGCUGCCGUUGCUGUAGGAGUAUUCGGACCUCCAGUAUCUCUGACCAUGGCUUUCAGUCCUGCGAGAUAUACAAACAGCUUUCUGCCGUCUGUAGCGCACACCACCUUACCAAAUAGAGAGCUAACCCCAAAAGAUAUGAAUAAUAGCAGUGAUAACGAUGAGGAAAGUAUAGACGUAACAAAUGAAGAGGAUGAAACACCAACAUCCGUAUGCGGAGUCUCAUCUAGUAGUGGUCCUUUACGACCAGAACCUCAACCAGCAUCAUUAGCAUCAGGACUUUACCCUUCUACACAUGAAACAAUUUAUGAAACAUCCGCCAGGCUACUAUUUAUGGCUGUAAAGUGGGCCAAAAACCUACCUAGUUUUGCUAGUUUACCGUUUAGAGAUCAAGUGAUCCUUUUGGAGGAAACGUGGAGUGAAUUGUUCCUAUUAAACGCUAUUCAAUGGUGUAUGCCACUUGAUAUAUCAGCUAGUCCUUUGUUUAACGUAAAUGAACACACGAAAAACGGACAUUCUGCUACAGAUGUCAAAAUUUUAGGAGAUACGCUUUUAAGAUUUAAAGCAGUUCAUGUCGACCCAGCAGAGUUUGCAUGUUUAAAAGCCAUUGUCCUAUUUCGAGCAGAAACAAGAGGUCUGAAGGAUCCAAGCCAGAUAGAAAAUUUACAAGACCAAGCUCAAGUCAUGUUGUGGCAACAUUGUCGAACGCAACUUCCAGGUCAAGUAGCUAGAUUCGGAAGACUGCUACUCAUGUUGCCAUUGCUGAGAAUAGUACCAGCGUUAAGAAUUGAAGCAUUAUUUUUCCAAAAAACCAUAGGAAAUACGCCAAUGGAAAAAGUACUAUGUGACAUGUACAAAAAUUAGUUUCUUUAAAUACAUCGUUAGUAGAAAUAGGCCUGGAUCCCACGUACCAAAAAAAGUUUAUUAAUGACAAGCUGAAAAUUUGUUAAUAGCUUAACGGUGCCUAGUCGGACAAACUUUGUUGGUGUAUUGGAACACUGGAACAGGGAAAGUUUUAAUUGUGGAACGUGAUUUUAAUUGUGGAACGUGUCAUCCUGACAAGUUUAUGAUUGUGAAAACUAGCAGGAUGUUUUUAAAUUUAUUCAAUAGCAAACUUUAUAUAAUAUAUGAAAAAAUGUUUGUCCGACAAAUAUGUUGGGCCUUUUAAUAAGUCCGACACGUAGAACAUAUCAAAUGCAGGUCUUAUAUUGGUGGUAAUAGCAGUCUGAUUUUUGCAUGAGAGUUUAAUGAAAGGGUAACAAAUCAAUUGGAAAUUCUGUCGGACAAAAUACAUGGGACGUUUUCCGUUUUCGAAACCUGUAACCUGUUCCACAAUUAAAACUUCCCCUGUUCCAUUGUUCCCGUACAUCAAAGUGUGUCCGACCAGACACCGUUAAGCUAUUCACAAAUUUUCAGCUUGCUAUUAAUAAACUUUUUUUUUGGUACGCGGAAUCCAGGCGUAACAGUCUCGCAUACAAUUUGGUUUUUCUGAAAAGUAAUCUUACUUGUUCUUUGAUUAUUUUAUAACGUUUUUUCACGGCCGUGCUAAAACAGGCACUUUCCCGCACGCAUUUUGUUUCCGAAAGUUGCACUUUCGAAAGUAAAUUUUCCCGCACGCGUGCGGAACGUAGCAUACCUUAUAAUAUGGCAUUAUAAUAUACAUAUUAUACUACAUGCAAUAAACUAAUAUUUAGAUAUUAUUUACUAAUUUAUUUCAAAUUUAUCUUAUUUUGUUCAUGUUUUAAUGAAAUUAACGCGAUUAUUUCAUUCAUAGGAGAUUCUGACCAAUAGAAAGCUACAGAAAUCUAAAUUAAAUUGAUAAUUUUUGAUAAUUUCCCGUCGUCAAAUAUAUUACGUCAGAUGCCCUUCGUCUACGAAAAAAUGCAUUCAGUGACAUUAAUGAUAAUUAAUGUUUUAAAAAUUAUAAAAGUGAUGACUUUCAACCGUAAAAUAUUUAUAACAACUGUAUGUAUAAUUGUACUAAUUUGUACUUACAUAAAUAAAUUACAAUAAAAUUUUGGUCUUGAACAGUUUUAUUCAUGAAAUAAUCGCAACAAAUUGCACUCGAUCUCUAAAAUUAAUAUAUAAUUUUAGAGCUCUUGUGCACUUACUACUGAUAAUUCGUUAAAAUAGAAUUAUUUUGACAUAAUAUUCUAAAGUCAAAUCAGUAGACAAUAACAAUGGUAUGAAUCGCCUUCAUGGAAACCAAUAUCGUCGUCAUGGUAACCAAUUACAUUGAAAGUUUGGUUGUGACAAACUUGUCAAGGAAUUAAUUUUUGUAUUUUCACUUUCAAAUAAAAAUUGAUAUUACAACUAUUUUUUGAGGCUUUUUUCUAAACAUACGGCCCUAGAAAAAAUAUUGUUCCUAACUCAUGCGGAAAGUGUCUUCCCCGCACUCGACUGCUUACCCGAACUCCGCUAUCGCGUCGUUCGGGUCAACGGCAGUCUCGUGCGUGAAAAUAUCACUUUUCGCACUAGUUAGGAAAAUAACUAUUUCGUUAAACGCAUCAACAAGUGUUGUCAUUGCUGAGAAUAGUACCAGCGUUAAGAAUCGAAGCAUUAUUAAAUCAAAAAACCAUAUAGGAAAUACGCCAAUGGAAAAGUACUAUGUGGCAUGUACAAAAAUUAGAAUACAUCAUUAGUAGAAAGUCUCACAAACAAUUCGGUUUUUCUGAAAAGUAAUCUUACUUUCUUGUUCUUCGAUUUUUUUAACGUUUUCGUUAAACGUAUCGACAAGAGGGUUAUGGUCCAACUUAAUGUCUGGAGCAGGGUAGAUUUUUGCUGAUGUUAUUGCAUUUCUCCUGACGUCCCAUAUUGGCGUGCUCCUCUCUCAUUUCACUCUCCUAUACCCCAUGAACCUACUAGUUCACCAUAGCUACCCUUACCGAUUUUGGAGUUAAAGUCGCCCAUAACUGGUGUGUCUUCAUGAGUUUUUUAACUUACUUAGGACUUUCUUUAUCUAACGUAAUAUAAACUUAUCUAUUCUCCGUUUCAAACGUUAGAAUCGGUAUGGUUGUAUAUUGCAAGCCGGUUUGCCAUUCUGUGAAUUACCAUAAAUAAAUCCUUCUUUUUAGUAUUCCACAACCGUUGACAGCGAUAAUCCUCUACAAGUACCUGCCUAAUACUACCUCUCACGGCCUCUACCUUACUGUGCAUACCAGGGGCGGCUCGUGAUAGUAUAAGGUGGUGAGGCACACUACACCUGAGGAAUUUUAUUAUUAUGGUUAGCUUCUCUUUAAUGGCCAGAAGGUUGAUUUUGUGACGUCAUACCGCUAGGAAGAAUCUAGGACCAAUAAUCUCGGACAAAAAAUCCUCACAAAUUAUUCCUGGACAAGAAAUCCCCAGACAAAUAAUCCCCGGACAAAAAAUCCCCACAAAAAAUCCCGGACAAAUCUACAAAAAUGUUUUAUUCAAAAUAUCCCUACAAAGAAUUCCGGACAAAAAAAUCAUCAAGAAAUAUUUGCUGUCGAUUAAUUCUCUAAAACUUUUCCAGUGAAUUAUGCGAUCGACUCAAAUGCUUUCAGCCUCAGUGCAGAGAGUUAUUUUGAAUUCCAAUUCCAUAUUGAAAACUUCAAGUUUUACAUAACAAAAGAGUGUGCGUUUUUUCAAAAAUCGUGGAAGAUAUGGGGAAUGAGCUAAGGUUGUGGGAAUCAUGUUGCAAUAUUAUUCAUUUAAAUCUUUUGCUCACUCUGAUUUGAAUGUAUGUUCAAAAAAAAAUUACAAAAAAAAUACACAACCACAGCAUACAUUUUUGAAACACUUAAAAACUACUUUUGUAUGUAAUCGUCCGAUGUGGAAGUGGAAACGUUAAUAAAAUCAUUUUUUAAGUUAAAUUGUAUAAUCUUAUUUCUCAUUUAGAAUAAUAAAUUACAUAAAUGCCACAAAGAAAAAAUAGCUUCAGAACAAUAUAUUAGAUGAUGAUGAACAAUGAUUUAAAAUGAACACUGUUUUAAAUACAUAUCCAUAAACUUCUAAAAUAUAAUAAGCCAUUCGUAUAUACCGCGCGUACAUAGAAAGCUAUGAUAUACAAUCGACUUGGGCUUGUACUAGUCGGUUCAGUUCGGCUAUUCCCAUUCCGUUCCGCGGAGCCUGAGGCCGUUCGGCUAUUCCUAUUCCGUUGCGCGGAGCCGGAGGCAAGCCUUAAGGAUGGAUGAAUUUUGUUCCUAGAAUCGGUGGCACAUUUUUCAAAUUUUGCCGGUUUUACUGUUGGCGUUGUCGCAUACUGUUGCAGAUGGUGUGAGGCAUGCUUCAACUGUAAUGAUUUGAGAAAGUUGGAAUGGCACGUGGAAGACGGAUAUAUAAGAUAAGAUAGAGUCAGGGCCGUACCGAAUUUUCUUCAUAAAAAUAAAGGUAUUUAGGAAAUUUCAAAAAGCUAAAUUAUAUUUAAAAAACUGAUUAUAAAACAACGAAAUAACGUAAAUAGUCGAUUGAUUUUUCUUCAUAAUAGAAAGAUUAGCAUCAGAGAUACGAAAAAAUAUUUAAAUAAAAAAUUGUAGGUUAUUUAAUUCCGAAGAACUUGGUUUGAAAAAAAUUUUUUUACGGCAAAAACAGAGUGAGCUAUUGACAAUUAAAACUUUUAAUAACAUGCAAAAACCACAUUUACCAACCCUUUCAAAGUCACCUCUUUUUGCGACUGAGGGUUUUAAAAGGAUUUGUUAUCAAUAUCCCUAUAGGUCUUGUAGAAACAUACAAAAAAAUUUUUAACAAACUUUCUAGGAUAAAAAAUAAAAAAGUUUCGGAUAAAAAAUCAAUAUAUUUUUUUCAAAAAAAAAAGGAGAAAUCCAAUUCGAAGUAUAAUAAUGUAAGUUAGCGGUGUUUUUAGUCGUUGGCCUUAUUUAUUCUUCUUUAUUUUUGCAUUAUUAAUAAAUUCCAGAAGGUUAGGAAUGACUGGCUUAGACUGAUUAGUUUUAAAAAACUGGAGUUAAAAGCGAAUAACCAAUUUUCGUAGUUUGGUAAAAAAUGCAAUUUUCUUCAGAAUAGAAAGAUUAGCAUCAGAGAUACGAAAACAUGUUUUAAUAUGAAAUUGUAGGUUCCCAAGAACUUGGUUUGAAAAAUUUUUUUCUACGGUAAAAAUUGAGUGAAUCGUAAAUGAGUAUAAUAUCGAAAAACAUUGAUAUUUUCGAUUUAAAACUAACACUUUCGAUAGCGAAUAAAUCGAAAACUAUUAAUUGUAUCAAAAAAAUGUAUAGAAAAUUUUUUGCUUAAAAUGAAUGUUUUUAUCAACUUUUGCGGUCAAAAUAUAAUCAAAAAUUUCCACCCCCGAGAUGGGUUGGCAACCACCCCCAUGGUAAAACCGCCUUUCGGCAUCAUAUAGAUUUUGAUCCUUAGACUAUCCACUACUUAUUCUCAAAUUUUCAAGCAAAUCGAUCCAUUCUGUAAAAAUUGCGAGGUGAAGAGCUUCGGUUCCUGGACUAAAGGGUUCCAAGCGUUUAAGCAUAGCCACACCACAGUAUCAAGAGGGACAGUAGAACCACUCUCCGGAAAAUUGGAAGUGAAAUCUUUAGUCGCGCAUGGCGACCGCGCAACGUUCCCAGUCGCUUUUGCCCCACUCUCGCAUUGCUAGUCGCAUAGAAACGUACGGGUUUUAACAGAGAAAAUCCGCAUCCACCACUGAUGAAUUACCAAUUGCGUACUGCCGGUAUUACUUCUUGAGAUCAAAGUGCCUACAUGGAAGAGGUUUUACUGCCCCUCUUUAUACUGUGGCCACACUUACAGUCAUCUCUCCAUAUAGUUUCCAAUUUAUAGCAAUAUGUCAUUCUAUCGCAAAGGUCAAUAUUAAGAUCAUGGCUGCAAAGUAUGUUUCUCAUUUUUACAAAGGUAGCUACGACUUGUUUUAUUCUGUUUUCAAUUCCUUCGGUUGGAUUCCAGCUCUCAUUGAUAUUACUGUCAAGAGUCGAGAUACAUAAGUUUCUCUAGUCUGUCCAGUGUGGCUCCUCCGACUUUUAUACCGUCAUUCUGUAUAUAAUUUUCUUUGCUAUCAUAUAUUCAUUGUUCUUAACGUUGAGUUUUAAUCCAUACUGAUCACAGGUUUGUUUUAUUUUAUUCAUUAGACUUUGAAGGUCUUCUGCGCAAUUAGUCAGCACUAAAGGUAUCAUCGGCAUAUCUAAUAUUGUUGACGGUUACUCCAUUCACAGUCAUAGCUUCUGUUGUCCCCAUUAAGGCUUCUUUAAUGUUUAAUUUAUGGUUAGCUUUUUUGAAAGCUCUUUUUCUUUCCAUAUGGUUCUAAAAUUAUAUUUUGUCUAAUUUUCUCAAUAAUAGAAAUAGGAUAAAAGAUUUAAAAAUUUAAAAGUUAAAAAUUGUAUGCGAGACUUUUGUGUAUUAUAUUGUAAAUGUUAAAUUGCCCUAAAUAUAUGCAACGCAUAGUUUAUAACGUGUAAAUAUAUUUAAAAACUUAUUAUACAUUAUAUUAUAUGUAUCUAACGUGCAAGUGUUGUGUUUAUAUAAAAUUGAUUAUAAAUAAUAUUUGUUAUUUUUUAAAUUCCACAAAGGCCAAUUAAAGGACCCACAAUCGAAACUGUCGAAAUGGCAUAUUCCAAACUUACUUUGAACAACCCUCUUUUGUUGAAUAUAUUAAUAAAAUUUAUUGUUGUAAUAAUAGUAG